AAAUGAUUUCCGGUUUAUGAUGAAAGAAUUACAUGAUUGUGUAAAUUCUUAUUUUUCGUUAUAAUUCAACAAUGACAGCCGAAGUUAAGCAAGAGCCAGUUUUGGACACUGAUCAAGAAACCAGAAUCCUUUUGCUGUGUCACCAGAAUCCAGAUGGGGUCACAGAUGCAAAGAUUCAGGAAGACAUGCCGCAGUUUGAUGUCCGGCAGCGGGUCACAGCAAUCAACAGGCUGCUCUCAACUGGUCGUAUAGACUUGAUGAAAAGUGCAAGUGGGAAGUUGAUUUACAAGUUAAAAGACACGUCUGGUGGUGACCCGGUCAAGGGGGGCGACCAACAGGAGAAAGUGGUCUACCAGAUCAUUAAAGAUGCUGGCAAUAAAGGGAUAUGGAUCCGGGACAUCCGUUUCAAAAGCAACCUGCUUCUCACUCAAGUCAACAAAAUACUGAAGAAUCUGGAGAGCAAGAAACUCAUAAAAGCCGUCAAGUCUGUCGCGGCCUCGAAGAAAAAAGUGUACAUGUUGUACAACUUGGAGCCAGACCGCACGGUGACAGGAGGGGCGUGGUACAGCGACCAGGACUUUGAGUCAGAGUUUGUCGAGGUUCUUAACCAACAAUGCUACAAGUUCCUUGUUCAGAAGGCAGAAGCCAGCAGAAGGACAAAGGAUGAUCCGAUAGCCCAGCUGAAUGGCUCAUAUGCCUCGUCUCAGGAUGUGUGGAAGUUUAUCUCGGAACUCGGCAUCAGUAAAGUUCAGUUAUCAGUUGAGGACAUAGAGACUAUUCUGGACACCCUGAUCUAUGAUGGAAAAUGUGAGCGGUCAAUUGUGGCGGGGGCUGGCGAAGGGGACCAGACACGUCUCUACCGCUCUGUCAAACCACUUAUACAAUCCACAGGCCUCAUGAGAAUGCCCUGUGGCUCGUGCCCUGUGAUUAAGAACUGUCACGAGGGUGGGGUGGUUUCCCCGACAACCUGUGUUUACAUGAAGGAAUGGCUAACAUUGUAACAUAGGCCUACGGGGUUGGACAGGAACUUGAGGAUGGCGGAGUGAGAUCCCCGCCAACCUGUGUCUACAUGAAAUAACAGCUACAGUUGUGACAUAGGCCUCCAGUUUUUGGCGAGAACUGGGGUCUAGUGAAGCCAUGGAAAUCUUCACGUGACUGCUCAAAGAUUAUCAUUGUUCAUGAUUGCAGUCUGACUGUUCAACUAGUGUGUAUUAAGCGAAUAGUCCACUGGUAAAGUCAUGACCUGGCUUGGUGCUGGCAUGGAAAUACUCACAGAACUAAUACAUGACUUGUAUCAAAAAGACAAGCAUCAUUAACUGACUGAUGUUGAAUAUAUGUUAUUUAACCUGUUGUCAUACAAGCCUGAUGAAGCCAAUAUUAUGAACUCAUGAGUUGUGCUGGCGUCUGAACAUUCAUGUUACUGCUCAUAGAAAGUUUUUUAAUAAUAAAUUUGAUGAAAGUUUAUAUGAAAAUGUCCAUGAAGAUUCAUUGAACAACGACAUGUUAAAUGCAAUGUGCUCCAGAAAAAUAACAGGUUACAUGUUGAAAUGGUAAAAGUAUAUGAAUCCGCAAAUUUUUAACAUUUUGUAUUUAUUUAUAUUAAACAUUUUGAAUGUCAAUUAAUAAUAAAAGUGAAUUAAGAAUGAAAGGUGGAGAAAGUUCAUGUAAUGAUGGUAGUUUUAUGUCUAUUUAAAGAAUGAUUUCUGUUGGCAAUAAAUUAUCUUAUGAAUCAA